CUCGCACACGCAGCCCGCUCCGCACACACCAUGGCACUCACCACCGCAGUCCACGAUUCCCUACCAUACAUUGACCGCGAGCCCACGCCCGCCGAACGCGCCGCCGCGCAAGCCCUGAUCGACGCCGAGCUGCCCUCGUCGCACGACUCCCAAACCCAUCCUUCCCUCCCGCCUCUCUCAGAACACCACUUCAGCCCCAUGAUAGAAGCCGAGCUCUCACGAAUCGAAGCCAAGCAGCCCCUGAAAGCCAUCGACCUCUCACGGUACGAGGCCGUCGAGCCGCCUGCCACCUCUCCUCACUCGGACGAGAAACACCCCGAGACACUCCAGACAUGGCGCGCGGCGCUGGCCCGCGCCUACACCGCACACGCGUACCUCGCAUCGCGGCAGAACAAUCUACAUCUACUAGAGCAGUUCGGGAAGAAUAGCUGGUUGGUAGGGAACGCGCAGCUAGAGGACGAGCUGAGAGCGUUGGAGAGGGAGCUCGCGGAGCGGAAGACGGAGAUCGAUUUGUUGGUUGUGGAGAGGAGGGGCGCGCAGGAGGCAGUGGCGGCGGAGGUUAAGGGCUUGGAGGAGGCAUGGAAGAGGGGCGUGGCGCGCGUCUUGGAGACGGAGGUUGCGGCUGAGGCGCUGCGGAGGGAGAUUUUGGAGAGAAGGAGGAUGGGCGCUAGUUGAGGGCUGGAAGCACCGUAUGUCGUCGAGAACUUAUGUUGCUCAUCAUCUUUGGGGCAAUCGUGAAGGAGCAUCACUGCAGCAGAAAGCGGAUUCACACAGCAUCAUAGUCGUGCAGGGAACGGCGUGGUUUUGGUUUACGAUCGGAUUCGGCAUGUUGACCCAGCGAGAAACUACCAACCAGCAUGGAUAGCAGUCACGAUGUCCUUGUUAGCGACCAAGCAGAUGGAAGAGCUACGGAUUGGGCUUGGGCCAGAGGGCUUGGAUAGGUAUGCAAUGAGAGACCCGGAAAGAGUCACAUUGCCACCACGUUGUGGCAAGCCUAGAAUAGAAAAUUGAUUGAGUCAUUGAGCUCUUUGCAAUAAAGGUAUCCCAGC